UUGAAACGUUGCUUGCAAUGGUGACUGCUGGAGCCGUAGGAACUACGGAUUUGAUAUUUGGGUCGAAUACAUCAUCCAAAAUGUCGACUAGUAGCCCCGAAGCGGUGAAGAAAUUACUCGAGAACAUGCAGACGGAUCUGCGGUCCCUGUCCAUGGAAUGCAAGAAGAAAUUCCCCCCAGUCAAAGAGGCUGCUGAGUCUGGGAUAGUCAAGAUCAAGACCAUCGCUGCGAGGAAUUCAGACAUCUUGGCAACUCUGAAGGAGAACAGCUCGGAGGUGGUCCAGCCGUUCCUGAUGGGCUGUGGCACCAAGGAGCCCAAGAUCACCCAGCUGUGUCUGGCUGCUAUCCAGAGACUCAUGUCCCACGAGGUGGUGUCUGAGGCUGCAGCAGGGAACAUCAUUAACAUGCUGUGGCAGUUGAUGGAGAACGGGCUGGAGGAACUGAAGCUGCUGCAGACUGUCCUAGUGCUGCUCACCACCAACACAGUGGUACAUGACCAAGUCCUGUCCAAGGCCAUCGUGCUGUGUUUCCGUCUGCACUUCACCAAGGACAACAUCACCAACAACACAGCCGCCGCCACCGUCAGACAAGUCGUCACCGUGGUAUUCGAGAGGAUGGUCGCGGAGGACGAGCGCUUCAAAGACAUCGUGGACCAGCCUCCUCCAGUCCAGGGUAACACUAACCGGAGGUCUGUCAGCACCCUGAGGCCCAGUGCUAAAGACGCCUACAUGCUGUUCCAGGACCUAUGUCAGCUAGUAAAUGCUGAUGCCCCCUACUGGCUGGUAGGGAUGACAGAGAUGACACGGACGUUUGGUCUGGAGCUCCUGGAGUCGGUCCUCAAUGACUUCCCUGGGGUCUUCCUGCAGCACCAGGAGUUCAGCUUCCUGCUGAAGGAGCGUGUGUGUCCGCUGGUCAUCAAGCUGUUCUCCCCCAACAUCAAGUUCCGUCAAGGCAACAGCAGCGCCGCCUCCCCAGCCCCUGUAGAAAAACCCUACUUCCCCAUCUGCAUGAGGCUGCUCAGAGUGGUAUCUGUGCUCAUCAAACACUUCUACAGCCUACUGGUGACAGAGUGUGAGAUCUUCCUGUCUCUGCUGGUGAAGUUCUUGGAUGGAGAGAAGCCUCAGUGGCUUAGAGCUGUGGCCGUGGAGUCAGUCCACAGGCUGUGUGUACAGCCACACCUGCUACGGUCUUUCUGCUUGUCCUAUGACAUGAAGCAGCACUCCACCAAGGUGUUCAGGGACAUCGUCAAUGCUCUGGGCUCCUUCAUCCAGUCCCUCUUUAUUGUCCUCAACACAGGAAACCCUGCUGCUACCAACGCUUCCACCGGUGGGUCAGGGGCCCAGGGGGCUGCCCAGGGGGGUCCAGGAGCAGGAGGUCAGGGUGGGAGUCUAACCACACAGGCUGCCUUUGAGUACCGCGGUACCUGGAUCCCCCUCAUGACCGUCAGUGUACAGGGCAGCGCCAAGGCUACCUAGUCAGUAGUAAUAUAUAUAUACACACACACACUAGAUAUCUAGCUAUUGCUGUCGAGAUAGAAAUCUGAACCUAGCUGCACUAUAUCUGCACCUAGCUGCACUGUAUCUGCACCUAGCUGCACUGUAUCUGCACCUAGCUGCACUGUAUCUGAACCUAGCUGCACUGUAUCUGAACCUAGCUGCACUGUAUCUGAACCUAGCUGCACUGUAUCUACACCUAGCUGCACUGUAUCUACACCUAGCUGCACUGUAUCUGCACCUAGCUGCACUGUAUCUGUACGCUGCUGGCUAGAGAGCAUGUGCCAAGACCAGAGUGGACACAUUCGCUAUUUUUAACUAUCGUAGAGCUGAAAAUGCGAGGGAGUGGGUAGCAUCUGUUGGCUGUAAUUAUGAGGAGAUGAAACAAUGCUGCUGUUUUUAUGUUAUAGAAGCUGGUUUGUUGAUGCAGGAGAAAGAGUUGUUAGAGUUGUCAGUCAACAUCUACCUCAACAUUGUGUUUCUGUAAUGGACAAAUGGCCAGAGACAGCUGAUCCUGCAGGUGUUUAAUACAGGAACAAAUGGUCAGGGACAGCUGAUCCUGCAGGUGUUUAAUACAGGAACAAAUGGCCAGGGACAGCUGAUCCUGCAGGUGUUUAAUACAGGAACAAAUGGCCAGGGACAGCUGAUCCUGCAGGUGUUUAAUACAGGAACAAAUGGUCAGGGACAGCUGAUCCUGCAGGUGUUUAAUA